AUGCCUACAGAUACUGCUGGUGUAACAGCGUCGUCAGCUACACCACCGAAUCUUUAUGGUGGAUUAGAAGGACCUGAUUCUAUGUAUUUAAAAUUAAUUUCAUCCGAUGGGCAUGAGUUUGUUGUACGCCGUGAUUUCGCUAUAACUGCAUCACCGACAAUAAAAAAUAUGCUUAGCGGCCCUGGACAAUAUUCGGAAUCACAACCAAAUGAAAUCUAUCUAAAGGAUAUUCCUUCUCAUGUACUCAUAAAUGUUUGCCGCUAUUUUGCCUAUAAAGCCAAGUACACAAAUUCAUCGAUUGAUAUUCCUGAAUUUCCAAUUGAUAUUCAAGUUGUACUUGAGUUACUCGUUGCAUCAGAUUUUUUGGAUUGUUAA